AUGGACGACAAGAAACAAAGGAGGAAAGAGAAGCCGACCUCUUCCAGACAAAUUUUCUGCCUUUCAGGGCCUUUACACAUCACUUCAGUUGACCGGAAUAAUUUUCAUGGCCGAAGAACUGUUGCUGCAAGCUUGGUUCAGGGAGUGUACAUUCUAGAACGUGAUCGCCAAGAGAAUCGCAUUGACACUGUAGCUCACGUACCACCUUGGUGGGAGUUCUUCAAUUUCCAGUUGGUCCAUAUUCUUGUAGAUGAUGUUGAUAACUCCAUAUUUGGUGCCAUUUAUGAAUUCAAUUUUUCUGACUUCAACCACAACCAUUCAGCCCAAGAUUAUCCACAUUAUGUUAUUGCCUUUCGGGUUACUACAAAUAAGUCAAACACCAGGUCUCGUGAUCUGAAGUUGGAUUUCCUGUGCGUCCGUAAUAGACUUCAUGAAAGCUCUCGUUUUCAUCAAGCAAUGCAGGCUGUGGAGGGUAUCUUUGUGUUAGCUGGAAAUUCAAGAAUUUGGUUAACUGGCCAUUCACUAGGAUCAGCUAUUUCAUUGCUUAUAGGUAAAAAUAUGACUAAGAUGGGUUACAAGGUUGAAGCUUACCUCUUCAAUCCCCCAUUCUUGUCUGCUCAUAUAGAAGGAAUCAAGAGCGAAAAGCUGAAGCAUGGGAUUCGCUUUACAAGCAGUAUAGUCAAAGCUGGAAUCACUGUUGCUAUAAAAGGUCGCAAUCAUAGGCAUGAGAAUGAUGAUCUAUUUAGUUUUCUCUCUGCUUGGAAACCAUACCUGUUUGUGAAUCCUGCAGAUCUAAUAUGCUCAGGGUAUAUUGGCUAUUUUGAACAUAGGAAGCACAUGGAGGAGAUUGGGGCCGGAAAUAUUGAGAAGAUUGCAACACAGUAUUCCAUCGUGAGUUUACUCUCAUGCUCAGAGAAAAGGGAUUUAGAACCACUGCAUCUGAUUCCUUCAGCUCAUCUUACUAUUAAUUUGCGUCACUCACCGAAUUUCAAACAUGCUCACGGAAUUCACCAGUGGUGGGAUAAUGCUUUUAUUGGUCUGUCAGAAGUACAUGAGUACAAUCCUUAUGUAGAGGAAUAGAGGAUAAGAAGUUACUUCUAAGAACGCUACAUAAUGAAAAGUUACAUCCCUGACUUUGGUGCAAGAACUCCGGGUUAUUGUAAUUGACUUCCUGUUCCGCUUUACCACGAAGACAUACACUGAUUGUCUUCAUAGUGUAAAUGAAUCCGUUGGAGCUCGAAGGAGUCCUGCUCUUGAAACAUCAUAUCUACAUCGAGCAUGUUAGGGGUUAAUCGCAGAGGAACUUUGAUAGCCUCGACACUCAUGCCUGGUCAUGUUGGCCCCUUUCUUUGGUCUCUCACUUCGCCUUCGUUCUAGUUUUUCGUUGAAAAUAUUCUUUCAUUGAUUCUGAAAUAAAAA